AUGGUGGAUGUCGCUCGUGGUCAAUGGUAUCUCUCGUACGAUGUGGCUGUCGUUCGUUGGGGCAAUGAGCAGACGCGGACGGAUAUCGUUCCCAUCGAGCGGAUCCGCUGGAGAGUGCCGAAGAGUUGUUGGGCCGCAGCUGAACGGCCCGAACAUCGGUCCGAACCACCCAUGUUCCCUCCGUGGUAUCACACUUCAGAUCCUUUAAGCAAGCAGCCGCGUACUCCGCCUCAACGCGUAAGAAAAGGGAUGUUAGCCAAGUACAGCGUGUUGUUGCCGCAGCAAUUCUCCUGGAUCCAAGCGGAUGAACUGCGCCAGUACCUUGAUAAUGAUUCAUGGUUUUAUGGUGUCGUCGGCACGUGGCCGAUUUCUCUGGUGGAUGUUAUUGAUGGACAUCUGUGGUGUAUACGACGUUGCCAUCCGUCAGAAGGAGGACCAAUACUUCGUCUCUCGGCCUUGAAGAAGGCAAAGACUAGUGAGGAUUUUCUUGCAGCGCUAAUUGCUCGUCUUCUGCGUGUGACUGCCAUUCCGCAUUGGUCAUCCUCGGAAACGGAGACCCCGAACGUUCUUAAUGAAAUGCCGCAGGAAUUGUGGCUGGAAGUGUUUUCCUGUCUGGACACUAUAACGCAAACAUGUUUGCGUGCUGUUUGUUUUGCGUGGAUGGAAAUCUUGGCUUCCUCCUUGUUGACUGCCUGUAUUAUUGUUACGCCCUGUGGAAACAAAACGCUGCAGAAUUUUGAUCGGCUAAGCUACGUCAUGCUGUCGCCGAUUUUCACGUGCUUGAGUGCGUCCACAAAACGCAUCAUUGUGGACUGCCGUUGGCGUUCCGUGAACGAACAGGAGCUGUUGAAAGUGUUCGACAUGAUACACCAUGUUGCCCAGCAGGAUCCAUCAGUACGACUGGAAACGAUCCAUUUGGUGGGAUUACAUUGCAAGUUCUUCAUCGGCACCCGCAACUGA